AUGGCGUCUGAUUCUCAACCGUCAUUUCGUGCUUCUUUGAAGGCUAAAUUUAGAGAAGUUAUUAAACCUAAUAUGACAUCAUCAAUCCGUGAACAAUUCAAAUCGGCUGAUACGUAUAAGAAUUUCACCAAUAUGGUAAAAGAUCUACCAGGCGUUGGGACAAUUAUCAAUAAAACAAAAGGAAUCAUUCCUGGUGUAUUACCAUCGAGCGACAAUAAAACAUUUGCAAAAGGUUUCUAUGAUUCUGUAUUUAGCGCCGAGACAGAAAACGAUGUUUAUUUCAAAGUAGCUAUUAUGUGUUUAUGGAUUAUUGCAAUCCUAUGCAUAAUACCAACAAUAAUUACUAUAUGUACACCAGUUAAGAAAUAUGGAAUAACAGCAAAUGGUACUAAGAUGAUAUUUUUACAUAUAUUAAUUUGUGAAUUAUUUUAUCUGAUCUAUAUUCUAUUAUCAAUGAUAAAUGUGGCACAAAAUUUUCAAUUAAUAAAUUUAUUUUGUAAUUUUGCUAAUUACGGCAUGUACGUAACAGUUCCAGUUAUGCAUUUUGCUCUAUUUUUACUUUCCAUGGAACGACUAUCAACACGAUUGAAUUUAACAAUGUCAUGGACUGGUAUAUUUAGAAAAACCUAUGUGAUUCAAAUUAUUCUAAUUUCUACUUGGAUUUUUGCAAUUGCACUUAUGACAACAAUUAUAUUAUUAACAGAUCAAAUGAUAUCGUAUGCUACUGAUACAAUUAAAGAUCAUGCUCCACCGAUUGUUAAUGAUGUUCUAGGUAGAAUUGUUUCGUCAUCGUAUCAAUGUUCAAUUGAUGGUCGUUUAUCAUCUGUAGUUAAAGUUGUGUUUAUUAUUUUAUUUCUUAUACUAAUUGUAUUAAUUAUUAAAUCAAUUGCCAUUUCAGUAUUCUACAAUUUUUUCAAGUCAGAUUGUUGUAAAAUCAAAAAACGAAAGGAAAAACACGAUGACCAUCAUACAACAUUAUUAUUUACUAUAUUUCUCCUAUUAAAUAUAUGUUUAUCAUUUCCAUUUUAUUUUGUAUCGAUUACUAAUACAGUUAGACAAUUAGUUACAAGAAACGAUACGUAUACAACAAGUUUAAAAGUAUGUUUUCUAUUACGAAUAUGUAGUAUUAUAUUUCAAUGCUUAACAUUUUAUACAUGUGAAAAUAAUUCGUGGACUCUAUUAAGUCAGCUACUUUAUCAUGGUACAUGCAAAAAGAUUCCUGGCCUAAAUCAAAAUGAUAUUUUGAUAGAAGUAAAAACUACGACUGGUAGAUCUCGAGCGAGCGAGACUUCAGAUCAUCGAAAGGGCGCAGACAUUCCAAGACCUGGAUCUGACAUCGAUGAUAGUUCGACUACUGAUGAAUGUGAAGGUGAUGAUGAUGUAUUUGAAGCAGUUACAGAAGCUGAACCGUUACAUUCAAAGAAACCUGUGACAAAAUUAGAUCAAUGUGAUAAUGAGGAUGUACUGAAAUUAAUUGAAAAAAUAAAAGCAUCUCCUAGAAAAGCUAAUACUCAUGAAAAUUUAAAUGAGAAAAAAGCGAAACUGUUAAUAGAAAAACCAACAACAGAACAUACAACUGCAGAUGCUUUAACACAAAAAUCAUCUCGAAGUACGCCUACAUCGAAACUCAAUAUCAAUCACAACAAGACUAAGCGUAAUCCUAAAUGGAGUUCUUCCUCAGAGAGUGAUGAUUCUAAUGUUAGUAAAAAUUCUGAUGAUGAAAUCAAACCUGUUAAGAUAACACCAAAAGCAAAACCAACUACUCAUUCUUCUGUAAAUGAACAAAAACAUUCUAUAAAAACUUUGCCGAACAAACAUCAACCAAGAAAACGUUCACAAUCUUCUUCAUCAACAAAUUCUGAUAGUAAAAAAGAGAAAAACUCACCACUGAAAUUAUCUAAGAAUCUCAAGGGCCAUUCACGAAAACGGAGAAAAGAUCGUCGAAGUAGCCUUCUUGAUCAAUCUGACGAAGUUUAA